AUGAAUGUGGAAGUGGAAUGGGUAGAGAACACCACCGACGUCGAACUACCAGAUUAUGUGGAGCGAAUGCUCGGUCCGAACUUCAAUGUGGAAAUAGUUCAUGUUCAGCGACAACCACGACAUUCACCGGAAGAGUGGAUCCGGAAAGACGUCAUCAAGUGCAAAAAGUUCCUGAAAGAAAAUCCGAAUUUGGUCAUCACGAAGGCGGAUAAAGGCAGCAGAACGGUGAUCCUAACAGCGGAAGAGUACCAAACCAAGAUGAAGGAUCUCCUUAGCGACGAAAGCACCUACAAGAAGCUGUCGACCAAUCCAACCAACAGAGACUUGAGAAAAAUUAACGGCAUGCUCGAUGAGUGGCACAACAAAGGAUACAUAGACGGACGCACGCAGAGAAGGUUGAAGGAGUCAAGCUGCAACCCACCGCGAAUCUAUGGACUACCGAAGACGCACAAAGAAAACAGGCCACUCCGUCCGGUUGUGUCAACGAUUGGCUCAGCUACGUACAACAUAGCUAAAUACCUGUCGGACAUAAUCGGUAACAUAGUAGGCAAACACGACUUCCACGUCCGCAAUAGUUUCGAUUUCGCCAGUGAAAUAACAGGGUUCCAGACGGACGAGAACGAGGUGCUUUUUUCGUUAGAUGUGGUUUCACUGUAUACGAACGUACCAGUCGAUUUCGCUCUACGAUGCCUCGAGGAGCGGUGGGAAGAAGUGGAGCAGCACACGAAUAUCGACAAAACGGACUUCGUGGACGCAGUGAAGCUAGUGUUGGAAUCGACGUUCUUCGUGUAUCAGGGAGAUGUAUACGAACAGACAUUCGGUGUACCCAUGGGUUCGCCAUUAUCAUCAGUAAUUUCCAAUGUGGUGAUGGAAAAAUUGGAACAGGAGUGCAGGAUGCAGCUGCAGGAGAUAGGUAUACAUCUGAAGCUGUACCGUAGAUACGUGGACGACUGUAUGUGUAUAGCUAGAAGGGAGCACAUCCAAACGAUCGUGGAUACGUUCAAUAGUUUUCACGAUCGUCUCCAGUUUACUGUUGAAAUGGAAGUGGGAGGGAAAAUAAAGUUUCUUGACAUGAUGUUGGAACGGGCGGAUGACCAAAUAAAUACAUCUUGGCUUCCGAAACAUUCUAACGGAGGGUAG